AUGAGUUCCAUCAGGCCCAGAGUCGCCGUUAUACAGAACUACUCGUCUGCAGAGCAAGGUGGUGGGCGUAUGAUCGAGAACAUCUCCAGGCUUGUCCGUUGCUCGAAGCCCAACGCUGAGAUCCAUGUCUACGCACCGAUCGAUGGCGAGCCGUUCCCGGAUCUGUAUGGUUACGGCCUGGUCAUUCUCACCGGCGGGCCUUUCAGCCUGCUCCAAGACGAGAAGCCUUCGUGGGUGACGGAGACCUUGGACUUCAUCAGGCAUGCCUCCACGCAUCCGGCUAAGCCGAAGCUCCUGGGUAUCUGCUGGGGACACCAAGCAGCAGCCCUGGCCCUUGGUGGCUCUGUCGAAGAGCUCAAGACAGGUCCUUGUAACAUCCAUAAAAACCACAGGCUUGCCGUGGUCGAUGCCGGGCCUCGUCUCUCUCGCCUAGCUGCCAACCACGAGAUCCUCACGUCAGAAGAUGGCCAAAUCGUCACCCUUCAAGGCCAUCCGGAGCUUGAUGCAGCCCUCUCCCAGCUGUUUGUGCACGCAGACGGGCUCUCGUGCUCUCUUCUGCCUGGGCUUAAGGGCAUCCAUGCGCCCCAUGACGGCGAAGCCAUUUUUGCGUCCAUCAUGAGAUGGGCCAUCUCUACAAGCGACGAGAUAUCUUAA